AUGAUCGCAUUCCUCAUUCAAUUGCCGCCAAGCUACGUGUAUGAUUUCGCGAGGGGCCCUUUCUUUCAGUUAACGUCGACCAAACUCCCAAACGUUCGGUUGAGCCGCUUACGUACCCGUUAUCUGUGCAUGAAAAUGAUCGAGGUCGAGCGCAAAUUCCGAGUCUCCCCCGAGGUUAGGUCCGAGCUCGAACAGAGAUGUUCCUCUAGAUGUCUGGUCAAGCUUAAAGACUGCUAUUGGUGCGAGGAUCUGGCUCUUGAGGACAAGUGGCUGAGACAACGCAAUGGAACCUGGGAAUUGAAAAUACCAAUAGUGCAAAGGCGCAUCAGAACGCCAGGCACAACCGUAUAUCGCGAAUUGGUCGAGCCCACUCUAUGGAAAGAAUUGUCGCAAUUCAAAACAGAUAUUGAGAACCUCCCUCCGUAUGCCACAAUUCACACAGAGCGAACAAAGCUGCACUGCGUCUGGGAUUCCCGCCAAAUCGAAGUCGUUCUCGAUUCUUGCACUGCUGACGACGGAUUUCAGUAUAGCAUUGGCGAGCUAGAGAUUCUUGUUGAACAAGAGUCUCAAGUGGAAGAUGCCGCCGCCGCUUUAGAUCGCUUUGCUCAGUCUUUGAAGCUGAAGGCUCAGUCUCAUUCAGAUGGAAAGUUGAUAGCAUACUUGAAAGAGAAGAACGGCACAUUGUACAAUGCGCUGGCUGUCAAAGGCCUCGUCUAAUGUACAUGGAAAGUUGAUCAUAUAACUGGGAGAGACGACCGGCGCUCUGUUAUUGCACUGCCUGUAGAAAGGGACUCAUCUGAUUCUGUUUCUUGUUGCCGGGGAUAACAUUCAUGGCAAGGCUGCAAUUGUCCGCAUUAAGACUGGAAAUACAAUCACACGAGCUUCCACAGCGAUUUGCGGUGACCACCCUAUCUUAUUCUAUGUACAGAUUCGUUCAAGAGGAGGCGACGACACAACCUUGACCAGUUUCCGAUAGCGCGGUCUUUUGAAUUAACCGUCCUAGACACAUUCAUUGCAUCAAUCAUUGCAUCUUGAUGAAGCAAGUUGCGACGAUGUCGAUCCCUAUCAUUUGUUCUAGCCUUCUUUGAAACAGCAUCAGGCCAUCGUCGCCUGUCAUCCGCAGAAAAAGGCCAGUCCCAGAAGUUGGGUUUGUAAGACCCAUUGUCGUGCCGGUUGCACCAGGAGCGCAUGGCCAGCAGAUAUGACGCCUUUCUAUGGUAGAUAAGGGAGGUAGCGUCUCCAUCCCCUAAUGACAGCUCUAGAGAAUUUGGGCUUAUAAAAAGAUCUCCUGCAGUUGUCAACA